AAAAACAUGUCCACGAAAAGAAAAUAUAACUUGGAUGAAGACGAUGACAACAACUUGCAAGAUUUCAAUGUGACCAACAAAAAGCAUACAUUGGAUUCUGAUGAAGAGGAUAGCGAUGAUUAUGAGAAAGACAACUUAGGAGAUAGCGACAUUGAAGGUGAAGAAGAUGGUGUCUCAAAGGUUCAGGAUGAAGUCAAAAUAACUCCAUUUAAUAUGCGUGAAGAAUUAGAAGAAGGGCAUUUUGACAAAGAAGGGCAUUAUCAUUGGAAUAAAUCAAAUGACAUUAAAGAUAAUUGGCUUGAUAACAUUGACUGGGUGAAGAUUCAAAAUGAAAAGGAAACAUCGAAAAAGGGUGAUGAUGCUGUUGAUGAGAAAUCUAUGAAUGUUUAUAAUGAAGAAUUGCUAUAUAAACAAUUACUUUCCUAUAUGAUGGAAGGUGAAACAGUUGCCUGUGCUCUAAAACGUCUUGACAAAAAUAGAGUAAAGUUGAGUUCUGUACAAAGAUUGCGGUUAAAGAAGCAAGGUAUCACAGAUGAAAAUGGAGACAAAAUAACAAAACUGACAGCGUUGGCCAACGAAAUUCUAACAAAAACUGGUAAUAUGGAUAUAUAUCAAGCUACUUAUGAAUCUAUAAAAGAAAAAGUGAAUUGUAUUCCGAGCACAAGCAAAGAUGGCGGCUUUCUAACAGAGUCUAGUUUUGAUAUGUAUUCCGAUGACUUCAACAAAAACGAGGAGGAGCAGUUAAAAAAGCAAAAUUUUAAGAACGAUAGUGAGGAAAAGAAUGUCACAGAUUCAAAACCGAAAGAGCUUCUUUGGGAAUUCAAGUGGAAUGAAAACGAUACCACCCUACAGGGACCCUUUAAUACAAAACAAAUGCUUAAAUGGUCGAAUGAUGGAUAUUUAAAAAAUGGAGUUUAUGUUAGAAAAGUGGGAGAACAAUCUAAUUUUUAUACGAGCAAUCGUAUAGAUUUUGAUCUUUAUUUAUGAACUUAUUUUAAGUCUUAUUAAAAGAGGUCAUGUUAUAAUUAUAUUAGGUAAUAAAAAGUACUUUACAUUA